UUCUAUUUUUAAUAAUUUGUUCAACUACGCUUAGAAUAUGCAAUCUUCGAGUCCAAGACAUGAUAAUAAUUCUGCAAGAACCGAUGUUGAAUCACGUGGAUCUGGAACAACUACAAUCACUCAAGUUAAUCAACCUGAGGAUAAUACGGAAAAUGGCAAUCACUUGUUAUUGAGAUUAGAACAACCAUCAACAUCAGAAAACACAACAGAAAGAAAUUCGCCUAGAGUUCAGUGGACUGAGGACACAGUGGACAAUGAAAACUUGGGGAAGCGAAAAUCAAAAUGUUGUUGUAUUUUUAAGAAGAAACGAGAUUGGAAUGAUUCUGAUAGCUCGGAUGAGGAUUGUGAAAGCGACCAUUGCCGCGGUCAUAAAGGAAAAGCUCAAAAACCUGAGGGUGGUGGAGGCGGCGAUGAUCACGAUGGGGGAGGAGGCCCUGUUCAAACCUGA